CCAACAACAUCCCACAUUCUAAAUCUGAGCUAACUUUACUUAGUUCCCAACCCUAACCCUCUUAAAGAAAAAACAAUUGAAUUGAAAGAAGAGGAGAGGGACAUAGAAAGAUUCACAAACUUGGAUUGGGCAAUGGAAAUCACAAGAGGGGCGGGAUUCAUGCUUGUCCAUAUCUUCUGUCCAAAUACUCCGUUACGUGUCACGUCCAUGUAUUAUAAUUGUUUUUCCGCAGCCGUUUGUUUUAGAAUUUUGUCUUGUUUUUUCAUUACUGCAUUUUAAUGAAAUGGAUUGUUUUUUGUGGACAUGGACCAAUGAAAAUGAGUGAAUUUAAUUAAAAACAGGGGCGCGUGAGAAUGAUUUGGAAUAAUUAAUUUGCUUACGACAUGGUUUUAUUUUUGUAUUUUAAGAAAGAGAAAGGAGGAUUAUCAUUGUAUUAAAGAGUUGCGAAGAAUAAAGAAAGAGUUUGAAAGCGCGGUGGGUGAGGUGGCAGAUGGUACAUGAAAGAGAGGAAAAGGAGAAAGGGGGGAUUGAACGAUGCAUUCUGAUCUGAUUUGAUUGGGUUUCAAAGUUGCGAUUGGAGGGUCGAUCGAUUGGUUUGGUUUGGAGUGAGAGUGGAACCAACCGCGAACCGAUCAGGAUCGAGAUGGCGAGGAAUCAGAGGGAGAGAGAAGAGGGAGGAGAGAAGCACGCAGGGCUGCUGAGAUUGGCCCAAAUCCUAACCUUUCUGGUGGUGUUUGCUGGGGGAGUGGUGAUCGGGCUAACCACGAGCUCUCACAUCAACACCCAUUUCAUUGCGCAGCCCUACCAAUACAUGUCGCUCUCCACUUCUCCUCUUCCGCAACCAUCCGUGUCACCCCGAUCCGACAAGGAUUGUGGCAGUAACAAUAGCAGAGAAGGAGAAGGAGGUUUUGUUGAUUUGGAGAGGUUCCUGCACCCCUCCAAGCUGAAGCACAAACUGUCCGACGAGGAGCUGUUGUGGAGAGCGUCGUUGGUGGCGCAGAAGAGAGAGUAUCCUCACAGAUACAGAAGAAAACCAAAAGUGGCGUUCAUGUUUCUGACAAGGGGUCCUUUGCCACUCCUUCCCCUGUGGGAGAGAUUCUUCCACGGCCACUCCUCUCUCUUCAACAUCUACGUCCACGCCCCUCCCCAUUACCGUCUCAACGUUUCCCACUCUUCCCCUUUCUACGCACGCAACAUCCCCAGUCAGGAUGUUUCCUGGGGAACUGUCACGCUGGCAGAUGCUGAGAGGCGCCUUUUAGCCAAUGCACUUCUCGACUUCUCAAACGACCGCUUUGUUCUUCUCUCCGAGAGUUGCAUCCCAGUCUACAACUUCCCUACCGUUUACAGAUAUCUCACUCAAUCUUCCCACAGCUUUGUUGAAUCCUACGAUGAUCCUUCCCGUUAUGGCCGUGGCCGCUACAGUCGCAGUAUGCUUCCUGAUAUUCAGCUUAGACACUGGCGUAAAGGCUCUCAGUGGUUUGAACUGAACCGUGCUCUCGCUGUUUAUAUAGUCUCUGACACCCAUUACUAUUCCCUCUUCCGUAAAUACUGUAAGCCUGCUUGCUACCCCGAUGAGCAUUACAUUCCAACCUUCCUCAACAUGUUCCAUGGCUCGCUCAAUUCAAACAGAACCGUCACCUGGGUUGAUUGGUCCAUGCUCGGUCCUCACCCCGCAACCUAUGGCAGAGCCAACAUAACUGUCGCAUUUUUACAGUCUAUAAGGAACAAUGGAUCCCUUUGUCGAUAUAACACAGAGAUGACGUCCAUUUGUUACCUCUUUGCUCGCAAGUUUGAUCACACUGCACUUGAGCCCUUGCUUGACCUUUCUUCCCAAGUCAUGAACUUUUGAGUUCUUUUUAGUGUACAAGAGACCGAAUAUUUAACUUCUCUUUUCGGUCUCUAGAUUUUGGUAGGGAAUUUAACAACCGUUUUGCAUUGUAUUAGCUGUACAGGUAUUGUUAGAGAAUUUUGUGUUCCCUGCUAGUGCUAGAGAAUAGCAUAUUCUUGCACAAACUGCAUUUUUUUUCCUUCGAAGAAGGAAUUCAUCAAUACAGAAUUUUUAUCUUAUUACCGAGUCUCGAUUCCCUGUGCAUCGCCUUGGCAGAAGAUACAAGCUUGCUUCAAAUCUUCAACUUUCAGUACAGACAGUAUACAGCUGCUACCCCUAGGUGCCCUCAGAUUAAGUUGCAACAUUUAAGGCUAAACAAUAGUAAGAAUGUCUUUAGCUUUUUGUCUUAAGUAAGAAUUUUAUAAGAUAUUUCCAAAUGUAAAAUUCUACUGUUUAGACUCUUGAUAAGUUUAUAUAAAUGCUUAUAGAGAAAUUGGUUGAGAGUUUUAGAAGAAGUUGUAUUGCAUGAAUAUUUUAACUUAUAUGUGAAAAAUUUAAUGUUAUAUUU